UCUACCCGAACGAGCGUAUCGCCAUAGCUGAAGAACGAGAGCAUGAAGUCGUACGCGGCGUUCGUGUUACUCGCCACCGCAGCCACGUUGGCUGCGUCCAACCCCAACCAAAACUACCAGGGAGACACCACAGGUAGCUACAGUUCUGCCAACUCGAGCGUUGUCGGAAGCGACUCGGACGAAACCCCGGCACCUACGAUGGUGCCGACAGCGACACCUGCUCCAUUUACACCUGUCCCCUCCACGACGCCCCCUGCGACGGAAGCUCCUUCAACCACGCAGCCCCCGCACUCAUCAAGCGGUAGUGACGCUGCUCAGCACGGAACUUCGGUCGCUGGAAGUGCGGAAGGUAUGGAGACGCCUUCGCCUACGCCGCCUGUGACCUUGGCGCCGGAGACGUUUGCGCCGUCGACUACGUCUCCUCCGAUCGAGUCACACGCGAGCUCUUCAAGUGGUAGCAACGGGCAGACGCAACAGGCUUCUACAUCGAAGAGUGGUAACGGAGAUUCCUCAAGCUCUGGACACGUUGAGACUCAGUUGCCAACGAUUCCACCGACUUUUGCUCCUCCAACGACGGCUCCACCCGUUGACCAGCACUCUGGCUCGUCAAGUAGCCCGGAUGGCUCUCAGACCACGCAGGACUCGACCACUGCUAGUGGAAGCGAAGCUAAACAGCAGAAUUCAAACCCUGGAAGCGGUGAUAGUGAAUCGACUGAGGUGCCAACGAUCCCUCCCACUUUUGCUCCUACAACAGCUCCACCAACCGAGCUACCAGGCUCAUCAAGUCACCACGAUGACUCUCAGGAAUCGAGCGGAAGUGAAGUUUCCCAGCACUCGAAGCCCGGAAGCGCUGAUAAUGAAGAGACGGAGGCGCCAACGAAUCCUCCGACUAGUCCCCCCUUAACGACGGCCCCACCCACGGAGGAACCGAAGGGAAGCCACAGUUCUCAGCAGGGGUCAUCCUCUGCAAGUGGCAACAACGAAACUCAAGCUUCUAAAGAGUCCUCGAACUCCAGUGAUCAGGACACGACGCAGCACCCGACGAUGCCUCCCGAGACGACAGCUCCCCCAACUGAGCAGGUGACCUCAUCAAGUGGUUCUCAACCGAUUGGCCAGAACUCACGCUCUGGAAGCUUUGAAGGCCAGACGAACGAACCAACGACUCCUCCGACGUUCGCGCCGUCAACGACGGCUCCCCCGACCGAGCAGCAUAAGAGUUCAAGUGGAAGUAAAGAAUCUCAUGAGAAUUCAAAUUCUGGAAGCGCUGAGAGCCCCACGACGACGCCACCGGCUCCUGCCACUACCGCCCCGAGCACCGAAGCUCCUUCAGUCACGGAGCAGUCGAGCACUUCAAGCAGUACAAGCGCUUCUCAUAGUGACUCAAACUCGGGAAACACCGACAAUGCCUCCUACGGUUACAAAGACCCCCGCGACGACAGCGCCUUCCACCCACAAGCCUUUGCCCUCGUCUAG